AUGAACAUAGCUCGCGAAACUAGGAAGGGUAAUAAGGAAAAGCCAGCACGUCAAGAGGGUGGUACCAACAACCCAACUGCCCCUCCCACAGCUGUCAACCCUCUCCCCAUCAGCGCAACCUCGACUGCCCCCACCAUCAAGACGACACCAACACACGCAGCUCCUCCAGUCAGUGGAACGAGCGGUGAGCAGCGAGCUAUGUCAACAAUGAAACCUCGCGCUGUCAGUGCAAGGAACAUUUAUGCAGAGAAAUUCAAGGACGAAAUUUUGGCAGAGGCUGCUGCUGGUGCUCAAGGCAAAGGAGGAGGCGGGUUUUUGGGCCCCUACCAGAAGGCGAUAACUGAACGUAUGAGGAAGCUGAGCGACAAAGAAAUGGCAGAACUUGAAGAGGCGGCAAAAGAGUACAAUGAUGGUCGUGCGGUGAAGCCGCCAAUGGAUGUCAUCCUCCAAAAUCAAGAACAGCUUGAGUUAGCUGUAGCUACAGCACUACAGCAGAUGAUCGGUGAUGACUGGGGGCAAUAUGGGGACGUCUCGUUCGUCGUUCACACCAUCAAACCUGUUGCAUAUGGUGAACCAGAAGUAAGAAUGUUAUCCGUGACUCGGACAAAGGCCGAAGGCUUCAAGAUCGCCGACGAUGAUUUCCGGAAAUUCGAAGACAGCUUUCUGAAGCCGCUGAAAAAAUGGCACAAGUCCCAGACUAAGGGUAAAGGCAAGGAUACCAGAGACGAGGCCCAUGUUGAAGAUUUCACAAUGGAGAGAAGCGACACGCCUCCUGGUCCUGAUGCAGCACCCAACAAUGAAGGAACAGCAAACAAUGAAGAUGGAGAACAUGCUGACCAUCGAGGUGUACUUACGACUGAGCUCAUCGAAAACUGCACAAGCCAACAAGCAGGUACCCUGUUGCCUGACGAGUCUAUUUUUGAUCCACCUGCCACUCCCGCAGUGUCUAUGAACGAUGUUUGGCCUGCAUCACCAGAAGCCACCGAAUAUGUUCCAGAUGUUCAUGCAGUCGAAAACGACCUGCCAGAAGGCAUGGAGGUGACGAGUUCUGUUGGAGUUUCUCAUUCUGCCACAUCAGAGUCCGACGUUUUACCUGCUGAGACAGUGAGCCAAGGACAAGGAGUCACAGGUGAAGGGUCAACUCUCCAUGAACAAGAGGGUGACAAUGAAGAAGAGGAAGAGAUAGCCUUGAACAUUCCCACUAAGGCCAGCACGAAGAGGCGUAAAGGCAGCCAGGGAGGCAGGAAAGCUGCAACAAAGAAGAUUAAAACCAGCUCGGUUACCUCCCGAAAGAAACG